AUGUUCUCACUACGUCGCCCGUUUCGGGUUGUGCAGCAGUGUCUGCUCGCCUUACUCUUGCACAGUACGACAUGCCUUGGUCAAGCCGGGCAAUCUGGUUGCUUAUCAUUUACGCUCGGCGACUUGUCAAACGUGACUCUAUCUAGAGCUACUUACUAUGCCGCGAAUACUACUGUCAACAGCACAAAUUUGUGGCAAUCCAUUGAUGUGGACAACCUCCCCGCCUUCUGUCGUUUGGAGCUUUCCAUCACUACCAACUCAACUGCAGACUCCUCAUGCGUCACCGAGAUUUGGCUUCCCGACUCCUGGAAUGGUCGUGUUUUGACCGUCGGGAAUGGCGGAUACGCGGGUGGAGGCGCGUCCCUUACUUGCAGCUCGUCCUUCGCAGUCGCCGGAAUCUCUACCGACACUGGUCACUCCUCUACGGCGACAGAUGGAACGUGGGGAGGUCCGCACAACGAUAAUACGAUUGUAGAUUGGGGAUGGAGAGCAAUGCAUUUGAGUGUCGUCGUAGGGAAGGAGGUCGUGAAACAAUACUAUGGAGAGGCACAAAACACGUCUUACUAUAUGGGCUGCUCUACAGGUAAUCUUGAUGCGCUUCUGAAGCUGAAGGAAGUGCAAAUGUUCCCCGAAGACUUUGAUGGUGUAAUCGUCGGAUCACCGGCGAACUGGCAAACGCGCAUUCAAGACUGGUCCGUUCAUAUGAAUCUGAACGUGCAACCCAACACCUCUGCACGUUUUAUUCCCGAAUCGGUCUGGGUCGACGUCAUACACCCUGAAGUACUGCGCCAGUGUGACGCGAUCGACGGAUUGGCCGACGGCAUCAUCAAUGACCCUAGAUUCUGCGACUUCCGACCAGAGAUACUGACUUGCCGUCCCGGACAAAAUGAGUCUACCUGCCUGACGCUUGCACAACUUGGCGCUGUUCAUCGCAUAUAUACAGACUAUUACGAAUUUAAUCAAGAGUGGAUCAAUGGAAGGUACUAUCCAGGUGGGGAGACGGAGUACCCACUCGGUCUCGUCGGCAAGCCUUUCAUUGGAGGUCAGGAAUGGUUCCAGUACUUUGUCUUGAACGAUACUCAAUGGAAACUGGAACAAUAUAAUGCAUCCUUAAUACCACUGGCGGAUGGGAUUGACCCUGGUCAAGCAAAUGCAAUCGAACGCAACCUGACAUCUUUCGCAGGGCCGGGACACAAUGGCAAGCUCUUGCAGUAUGUAGGCUGGGCUGAUCAGCUGAUUAGCCCCGGCAACUCGAUACACUAUUAUGAAAGCGUGUAUGCCUUCACGAGAGCAUAUACAGACUUGGACAUCAAUGAUUUCUACCGCUUGUUCACGGUUCCUGGUAUGAACCACUGGUACGUGGACAUUAGCGGCUAUAGCGCGAACGCAUUUGGAGGUGUUCAGCAAGCCUCCGCAGGCAUGCCUCCCCUUUCGCUCUCGCCAGAAAACAACGUUCUUGCAGCGAUGGUCCAAUGGGUCGAGGAGGGUGUCGCUCCCACAUCCUUCGUAGCCGUUCACUACAACGACAAUAACGUCGAGGACGGCGUCGCAUUCACACGACCGCUGUGUCAGUAUCCCACGAGUCUUCGAUACACCGGAGGAAAUGAGACGGAUGCUGGCAGCUUCGAAUGUGGUGACUCAAUAUGA